AGAUAUUUGUCACUCGUGAAUUUAAUAUGUCCUAAAUAUUUUAUAGUUUGCUGUAAACAAUGUAUAUUCAAUUACUGGUUAUAUGUUUAACGUUUACUUUGAUAAAUGCAGAGAAGCCGAUUGUAGAGACAACGCAUGGAAAAGUUCAAGGAAAAGUGUUGAAGUCAUUACUAAAUAAUGUGGAAUAUUAUGGAUUUAUUGGAAUACCAUACGCAGUGCCUCCACUCAAAGAGCUGAGAUUUUUGCCCCCAAAACCCGCUGAGCCGUGGGACGACGUUCUCGUUGCCACGAAAGAGAAAAAGGCAUGUGUCCAGUUCAACACGAAUAUCCGCAAGGGGCAGCCGAUAGGCUGGUACGGGGACGAAAACUGUCUCUACCUGGACAUAUUCACCCCUAAACUUGAUGACGAAAUGCGCCCCGUCAUUGUUUUCCUAUACAACACACAUUUCACGGGCUCCUACAAUAAAACUAAAGACUUCCUCCCCGAUUUCUUCAUAGAAGAAAACGUUGUCACAGUAACUUUGAGUCACAGACUAUCAGUUCUAGGAUUCCUGUCUUUGGAAGACGAAUUAGUACCAGGUAACGCAGGCUUAAAAGACAUAGUUGCAGCUUUGGAAUGGACCAAAGAUAAUAUUGCCAAGUUUGGUGGUAACCCUGACAAAAUAACUCUAAUGGGGUCUCAAGGUGGUGCUGUAGCUGUAGAUCUACUUCUACACUCUAACGCUAAACACCUCUUCCAUUCAGCAAUUUUACAAGGUGGAUCUUCUUUGGCGACUUCUUAUUUGCAGGAGGAUCUAAAAGAACGAGCGUUCUCCUUGGCCGAACUCCUGGACAGACCUUCCAGUAGUAAUAUUAAACUGUUGAACGAUUUAAAUGAACUCCCUGCCUCAGAUUUAGUAGGGAAAGAACUACAUGCGAAUCCUGCAGACUACUUUAAAGAGCAUCAGCGAGGGGUGCUAACUUUCGGGCCUAUAGUCGAGAAGACACCGAACGGACUUUUAACUCAAUAUCCGGAGGAUUCGCAUGAAAGAAUAAACAUUCCCAUUAUGAUUGGAUUUAACUCUCGGGAGGGUUUAGAGGCCUCUUUGCAAUAUCUAAGCGAGCCGCGUUACCUCAGUUUCGUACAAAAAGAUUUCCCCUUUCUAAUCCCAUUGCGAAUCAAAUUUAAAUUCGAUCCGCUUAACGAAUUGUAUUACAAGGCUGUUGAUGAAAUAAAAGAGUUCUAUUUUAAAAAUGGGAGAGUGACGAUUAAAAGUGUAGCUGAGUACAUAACGUACAUAGGCGACGUUAUAACUGGAUACGUCGUGGAUCAAACUGUGAAAAUGUAUGCGAAGAGAACAGAAAGUCCUUUGUAUUACUAUCACUUUGAUUAUAUCAGUGAUUUAAAUGAGAUCAAAAACGAUUUAAUGAAUUACGUUACUACUGAAUAUGGUACUUGGGGAGCGGCGGGGGGCGACGAGCUAUGUUACCUAUUUCAAUGCCCAGCCCUCAAACAGUUGUACCUCAAACACAAUAAAUCGAUGUCGGAAGAAAUAAUAAUCCUAAGGAAGUUGGUUAAAAUGUGGACGAACUUCGCGAAAUACGGGGACCCGACACCUGAGCAUGACGUGGACUUGGGACUGAAGUGGCCUACGUAUGACCUGGAGAACAGGAAAUACCUGAACAUAGACAAAGAAAUUACAGUGAAGUCUGACCUAAACAAAGAACGAUUCAGGUUUUGGGACAAUUUCAUUGGGAAGUGGGAACAAAGAGCUAUCAAUGGAAUCAUUAGUUCAAAGAACAAAGAUGAGUUAUGAUGAAAUAAACUUAAUUAAUUAACAUUGUUUUCGUUUAUCGUAU